AUUCUAAUUAAUAAAAUAACAGUUAGCCAACUUAAACAAACAAAUGAAAGCGUUAGUGAUAGCGGCCUUAUUGGCUGUGGCGUGUGCAGACCCCAAAGUGUACUUGAGGGAGCAGUUCGAUGAUGGGGAUGAGUGGAAGAGCAGAUGGGUUGAAUCGAAGCACAAGUCGGAUUAUGGGAAGUUUGUUCUGACGGCUGGAAAAUUCUACGGGGAUGCAGAGAAAGACAAAGGCUUGCAGAGCAGCCAGGAUGCCAGAUUCUACUCCAUAUCCACAAGGUUUAAUUCUUUCAGCAACGAAGGGGAAACCCUGGUCAUUCAGUUCACAGUGAAGCAUGAGCAGAGCAUUGACUGUGGGGGCGGCUACAUCAAACUCUUCCCAGGAGAACUGAACCAAGAGGAAAUGCACGGGGAGUCCAGCUACAACAUCAUGUUUGGUCCAGAUAUCUGUGGGCCUGGAACCAAGAAGGUUCAUGUGAUCUUCAACUACAAGGGAAAGAACCACUUGAUCAACAAGGAUAUUAGAUGCAAGGACGACGAGUACACUCAUCUGUACACUCUGAUCGUCCGCCCUGACAACACCUACGAAGUGAAGAUCGACAACAAGAAGGUGGAGUCUGGCAGCCUGGAGGAGGACUGGGACUUCCUGCCCUCCAAGAAGAUCAAGGACCCUGAAGCCAAGAAGCCAGACGACUGGGACGAGAGGGAGAAGAUUGACGACCCCGAAGACUCAAAGCCUGAGGACUGGGACAGGGCUGAGCACAUUCCCGACCCUGAUGCCAAAAAGCCGGACGACUGGGAUGAAGAGAUGGACGGUGAAUGGGAGCCCCCUAUGAUCACAAACCCUGAAUACAAGGGCGAGUGGAAGCCACGCAAGAUUGAUAACCCUGACUACAAGGGCAAAUGGGUGCACCCUGAAAUUGACAACCCAGACUACACCCCCGAUUCCAACAUUUACAAGUAUGACAGCAAUGGUGUCCUCGGGCUUGACUUGUGGCAGGUGAAAUCGGGAACGAUCUUUGACAACUUCCUCAUAACAAAUGACGAAAAGUUUGCCGAAGAAGUUGGCAAUGAAACUUGGGGUGUAACCAAGGACCCAGAGAAGAAAAUGAAGGAGGCCCAGGAGGAAGAGGACAGGAAGAAGCGUGAGGAGGAUGAGAAGACCAUGAAGGAUGAAAUAAAGGAUGAGGGGGAAGGGGAAGAAGAAAAAGAGGAGGAGGAGGAGGAUGAUGACGAAGACGUAGAAGAAGAAAACGAGGAAGAAACGGACUCUAACCUGAAGGACGAGUUGUAAUCCCAGAGUGUGCAAAGAGACACGCUGCCUAUUAUGAGCCAAUCUGGCGGAGCUGUGCGAACAUUCCUUAUACUUUUCCAAGCAGGACGAGGGGAGGUGGCUUCAUUCCACUUGGGCAAUAAAAAACACAAAACCAAUAGCAGCCUUGGGUACCCGCUGUGUUGCAUAUAGAAGCCCCCUUUUUAAGAGGGUUUACUGAGGAAACAAAUGUGGGUUUUUCAAGCCUAAGUUUAAUUUUUCACCUUUUCUGCUGAAUUGGCUAAGAACACGCCUUGAGUUAGAUGCAGAUUUCCUCAUUGGGUUAUGCCUUCAUGGUUAUUAUCUUUGUUAGCCAUGAUCUAAAUGCCGGUUGUAAACUCCACUGGAAAGACCCCCCCUUCCCCCACCCUAUUAGAUUUCAUUGCCCAUAUGUUUUUAUUUUGUUUUUUGUUGUUUUGAAAUUGCUAUAACCUGCUCUAACCAAUGCCUCAAGUAAACCAUGCAGGUAGCAAACUAAAUGCCCAUCGUUAAGAGUCAGGGGUAGAAAUGGUGGCUUGGGCAACGUUUUAUACAUGCCAGUUGACAUUUUCUGCGACAAUCUUUUCUAGUGCAUGUGUUUGUUACCCUGUCUAGUGCUGCUCGCCCUCCAUGCUGACAUUUUACACAUUUGGUCUAAAUAGUAAACGUUCUGAAUCGCAUCACCAAUCACAAUCGUGCAUAGCUCUGUAAAUGUAUAGUCUGUUGCUAUUAGUGCUGAUAGAAAAGCUUUAAUAUGAAGUGAUCAAAGCAUGACCGUGUUUAGUGGCAUGAGAGGAGCUGGUGAAGGCCUGCUAGUGCAAGCCCAUGUUUGUGUGGUUUCUUUUUUUUUUUUUUUUAAAUUUGUUCACUUUUUAAAUUGUUUUUGGAAGUACCACAGACCCACUGGUAGCAAAAGGGGGCACAUAUUAGGCAGUAGAGAGUGACUGCUAAAUCUCAAUUACUUUGUACAUCAUGCUGAGUGAAUGUUGGAGGGUUUGUCCUGUUUUAGAAUGACCAUCCAUUAUUAAUGAAAAUAACAACAUUGCAAAUAAUUUACAAUGUGAAUUUGCACUGCUGUACAUUCAUACAAUCUCAAAACUUGUCAAAAUAAACAAAAGGGUAGAUUUAUUUUCAUUUUGGUUUUUAUAUAUUUUGUACUGUGUGUGGGAGGCUGUGUUUUUGUUUUUCUCAGCUGUUGUACAAAAAGAUAUUGUAUGCAAAACAAGUUUAAUAUACAGUGAUAAUAAAAAAAAAAAAAAAAUGCAAAAAUGAA